AUGUCUGAUAGCAGUGAAGAGAGUACCCCAUUCCUCACUGCACUAGUAGCAGGAGGCUUUGCAGGGACAAGUGUCGAUGUUGCCCUCUUUCCAAUUGAUACGCUGAAGACUAGGAUGCAGUCACCUCAAGGGUUCAUGAAAGCUGGAGGUUUCUCUGGAAUUUACAAUGGAAUUGGUGCUGCUGCAGCAGGAUCAGCACCCGGUGCCGCAUUGUUCUUUAGUACCUACGAGACCGCCAAACCAAUGGUACUGAAAUGGCAAAAAUCAGUCGGAAUGGAAGACCAACCCGCCAUCUCCCACAUGAUCGCUGCCUCAAUGGGGGAGGCGAUGGCCUGUCUGGUUCGAGUUCCCACGGAAGUAAUCAAAGCUAAAAUGCAGACCGAUGCCCAGGCAUCAUUGGGAAAAACCUUCUCGCUGGUAUUGAAUGAAACGCACGGAUCUGUCCUCUCAUCCGUCACUGGGGGGCUAUAUCGAGGUUAUGGUAUCACAUUAAUGAGAGAGAUCCCCUUUGCCAUGAUUCAAUUUCCACUGUACGAAAAAGCCAAAUCGUGGUGGAGUGAAAAGAAAGGAUCCCCAGUCAACCCAAUCCAAGCGGCCAUGUGCGGAUCUGUAACAGGAGGAUUUGCCGCCGGAGUGACCACUCCUUUGGACGUCGUCAAGACGAGACUCAUGUUGGGAGCCGACAGAGAUGGCAAGCAAUAUUUAAACGCGAUUGACGUAAUCCGUCGAACACUGAACCAAGAAGGACCCAUGGCCUUUAGCAGUGGGAUCCAACCGAGAGUCAUGUGGAUUUCAAUUGGUGGCUUUGUAUUUUUCGGAGCCUACGAAGUGGGCAAGAAGUUGGCGGGGCCAAUGCUCGGUCAAUGA